AACGAACGACGCCGAGCUUCAACGACCGCGACAACGCAUUGUGUGCACCUUGGACACUAUAAUUAACCCCGACAUACCUAUUCUCCGCUGAUGGCGCGUCUAAAUGAGCCGCCCGUCGCGCCGCAGCCGUCGGCAGAGACGAUCGAUGUUGUCAAACGCCGCUUUCUGAGACAGAAUCGCGAGCUGGCAAAGACAAACUCACAACAGUCGAUCCGCAUACGCAGCCUCGAGAACGAUUGCUCGCGUCUCCUAGCCGAGAACCUCUCUCUUCGCGAACAAGUCUUGCGUCUGCAUAAUGCGGCUGAAUCGCAGUCAAGUCGCCUUUCGUUCGAGAACAUCGAUGCCGUCAAAACACAGCUUGAGGCCAAGCUGCAGGAGCUUGGAGGCAUGGUCGCGCAGCUGGGGCAACUAAAGAAGACGGGCGACCGAUCACGACGGAAGAGUCAGCAGCUUGCGACGCGACGCAGUGCAGGGGACAGACAGUGGAGAAGUGGGCUUGGCCUGCAGGAGGUGGAGAACCAGAUGUUGCCCACCAUCGCCGAGGGGAAACACUACCCGAGACGUACUAUGGGUGCGGAUGAGCUUGAAGAAGUAUUGAACAACCCCGACAGCCAGUCACCUGACAUUGGACCACCGCCUGUAUCACGAUUUGAGAACGAAGAGCCCAUUACUUUCGACCCCAGUCCCAUUACCCAAGAGCAAGCCGACGAAGCUGUCGAUGAUGGAGAACCCGCGCUCUCAGCCAACCUCGAAACGCGUAAGAAGCGAAGAGAAAGUGGACCGAAGCUCAACAUUCGCCGCGUAUCUGUGUUCGAUUCGCCGCCCGAAGAGCUGCAGGAAGAAGCCGCCAAGACCGCUCGGACAGGUUCUAAGCGGAAGUUCAGUGUGCGGGAGGAUGAGGACAAGCCACAGGUCAAAGCAGAGCCCUUUGCGUUUAGCAGGCGAAACGUCUCAAGUGCUUCGGAGACUGUCGCAAUCAACGAGGAACCAAGGCUAUCUUCCCCAGAGCGGCCUGUUCUUGGAAGCAAACCUGUCAAUACCGACCCAGUGUUGUCGCCUAAGAAACAACGUUCGUCUAUUCAAGAGAAGUCAGACAAGCUAGACAAGCCAGAGAAACCCGAGAAGAAGCUCCUUCCUAAGCCUCGCGGUCGAGUCCGCCUCAACAUUACUCGCACUAUUACUCCACCAGAGCUGCCAAUGUUAUCAAUGCCAGAGCCUAUACCAACCGCCGAGAUCAACCUCGAUUCACUACCACCCAAGACGCCCUUUGCAGAUGACAUAUUCUCUCCACCCUCGACAGAACCAUCAACAUCGCGACCAGAGAAUAAGGACACACCACCUCCGGGCGAUCUGAGCUCGGCCGACCAAACCGGUAUGGCAGGAAGACCUGGACGAAGGGCGCGUCCGGCAGUUAGUUACAAGGAGCCUAGUUUGAGCACGAAGAUGCGACGCCCAGAUGCCAAACUAGUGGAUGCGGUGAUAGACCGCAGGACGAGCGUGGAGCCUCAAACAGCACCUUCGACAUGUGGGAAAAUGGAUGUCAAACGCGAGCCAGGCGAAGAGCUGAGUUGGAAGCCUGUUCCAGUUGCUCCUGGGCGAGGAGCUGAAGAGGAGAUGGAAGUGGGGAGUCCAUUGAGGCAGAAACUGGACCGACGAGAAACGAACCAGGACUCGAAGACUGCGUCUUCGACUGAAUCGGAAUUCAGGUCGUCAACAGCUUCCAAAGCAAUUUCGGCGCUCAUCAACGAGACAAGCAUAGCGAAGCGAAAAGCAGCAGCCGCUUCUGCCCUGAAUACGGCGUCUACCAAGGCCACAACCGAACCCACCGAAUUAAUAUCCCUGCCAAAGAGGGACUCAACAGUCAAGCAAGAAGAAAAAGAAAAAGACAAUCUCGCCAUCUUCGACUUUACAGACUCGUCCCCCGUCGAACCCGCAAAUCCCCGUACACGCAUCAACGAACUCGCCAAAGCAGCACGGAAUGCCCGCCGUCAUUCUUCCGUGCCGACAUCAUCUACUACCGACGACCGCAAGACGGACGGAGCGCUACCAUUACUGCAUAAGCGCACAGGGAGCGGGACCGUGAAGAGCACAAGUACAACGAAUUUGGCAAAGAGCACAACAGCUGCGAGAUUAGUGGGUAAGGAGAAGAAACCUGGUCUGCCAGCUAGUGGGGACAAUCUUGAUUCGAAGCCUAAUGCUGAUGGCGUGGCGGAGGAUAGGGAUGAGAUGAGAGCGGCUGCGACGAGCAGUCUCAGGCAGGAGAGGGCGGCGAGUCGGCGGAAGAGCAUGAUGAUUUGAGGGGUGUGAUGUAAAAGUGUGCGACGCGGUGUUUUGAAUCAGGCGU